AGGGGACGGGAGAGGAGCUGAGUCCGAGCAAUGAGCGGGGAUACAGGCGCUGAGUGACCCAACCCCGGCGAAUCGAGACCAAGACUCGAGUGGACACAGAGUCCGGCAGGGAGACCGCUGGGGACAGGAGCCUGGACAGGGUUUGCUAUGUGUCCUGUGGCUGCUGGCGUCUUGGAUUUCAAGGUGCUGAAUGAUCCAUACGAGAACCUCAUGCGGCAUCACCUGCAACAUUACGGCUAUUACACAGAUCGCACAGGCAACUAUUGUGGAGCGAUGAAGGUGCAGAGCUGGCAGCAGGACGCGGGCCUGACGUCAAGCGGGAACGUCCCGGAGUCCAACGACAGCAGCAGCACCGCCAAUGAAGAGGAGCCCCGCAAACUGAACUAUGCCUUCAUCAACGAGUACAAGUGGUUGAGGACACGGCAGCUAGUGUUUGACAGCCCUGCUGGGAGGCAUCUCCCACGUCUGCGGGAGCCACGCAGUCUCUAUGCCGUGGCUGGUGGGACCCGCCUUCUCCCUCUCCGCUGGCCCACAGAGUGCGAGGUCAUCAGGGAGAAGAUGCACCACAUUGAAUGGACACCACCAGAGCCAGAGAGGCUGUACCAGCCCAGCCAGCAGGAGCACAUGCCCACCUGCUCGGAGGAUGAAGGAAAGGACACAGUGUUUGCCAUCGAUCCAGCCAACCAAGGCUCAUACUUCACGUUUUCUCGUAUUGGAGGUCGCCGGGGCCCUUUGCGUCUUGCCACGAUUGGUUCAAGCAGUAGAGAUGCCAGCACUUUGAUCUUUGAGUCAAGGUUUGAAAGUGGAAAUCUACAGAAAGCCACCAGAGUUGACAGCUACGAGUACGAGCUGACUCUGCGCACUGACCUCUACACAGACAGGCACACCCAGUGGUACUACUUCCGGGUCCAGAACAUGCAGCCAGGGGUCAGCUACCGCUUCACCAUCAUCAACCUGAUGAAACGCACCAGCCUGUAUAACCUGGGCUUGAAACCCCUGCUGUACUCGGAGCGAGAGGCCCAGCUGAGGCAGGUGGGGUGGCACCGAGUGGGCAAGGACAUCCGCUACUACAAGAACAACUUGAGUCAGGAGGGCAAGAGCAUGUUCUCCCUCACCUGGACCUGCCAGUUCCCACACAGUAAUGACAAAUGCUUCUUCGCCCACUCUUACCCCUACACCUACUCGGACCUCCAGCGCUAUCUAAACUCCAUCGCUAGUGACCCCAUCCGCUCCCAUUACUGCAAGCUGCGGGUGCUGUGUCAUAGCCUGGCUGGAAACCUGGUUCACGUGCUGACCAUCACCUCUCCGAAUGGUAGGCAGGACCCCCGCCCGGCCAAGCAGGCGGUGGUGAUCACGGCCAGGGUCCACCCGGGGGAGACCAAUGGGUCAUGGGUGAUGAUGGGCUUCCUAGACCACCUCCUGGGAACCUCCGACGAUGCCCAGCUCCUGCGCGACAUGUUCAUCUUCAAGGUCGUGCCGAUGCUGAAUCCGGACGGCGUGAUCGUGGGGAACUACCGCUGCUCGCUGGCUGGCCGUGACCUGAACCGCAACUACAGCACCGUGCUGCGGGAUUGCUUUCCCUCUGUCUGGCACACCAAGAACAUGGUGCAGAGGUUGAUAGAGGAGCGGGAGGUGGUCAUUUACUGCGACUUCCACGGCCACAGCAGGAAGAGCAACGUCUUCAUGUACGGCUGCAGCGGCGGCGGCCAGCUGUCCACACAGCGUCUCAGCGAGAGAGUCUUCCCCCUGAUGAUGAGCAAGAACGCAGCUAACAAGUUCUCUUACCAGAGCUGCAAGUUCAAGGUUCAGAAGAGCAAGGCGGGCACGGGCCGGGUGGUGAUGUGGAAGCUUGGGAUCGCACACAGUUACACCAUGGAAACAACGUUUGCUGGAUCCACUUUGGGCAACCGCAGGGCCACCCACUUCAGCACGGAAGACCUCAAGUCUCUGGGAUAUCACUUCUGUGACACUCUGCUGGAUUUCUGUGAUCCGGAUCAUUCAAAGUUUGAACAGUGCCUGGCAGAGGUGCGUGCAGCUCUACAAAAGGAGGUGCGCCAGCGUCUGGAGAAGCUGGGCCGCGAGUAUCAUUCAGAUAUGGUGCUCAGUGAUCUCACUUUAUCAGACUUGGAGUCAAGCACCAGUGGAUCAAACAGCACUGAGUCAGAUGGACCUCCCGCGCAUUUAAUGAGGCUGGCAGCAAAGUGUCGCCUGAGGAAGAAGCGGCUGAGGAGCAGAAAGGAAAGGAACCGACUGAGGCAGCGUCACUUCUUCACUGGCUUCUCCCCGCCAGCACCACCAAAGCACCCGACAGCUUCGGGCAAGAAAAGAACCGAGGAGAACGAACCCCCAAUCAACUUUGAAAAAACAGGAAAAGCCGAGGCAAUAAUGGCCAAGGCACGGCUGCAACACACACACAGGGACCAGGUUCUGAAACCACCCCCGUGGAUACCAAACACUGCAAGUGGACUCUCCGUUAUCUGUAGUGUAAACACCAAAAACAAGACUGCUUGGUUUGAGGCAAUGUCAUCAGCCUACAUGCACAGGCAACCUCAUGCUCCUCCAGGCCAGAAGUAUGACCAGUUUGUAUGGGACAGUGGGCUCAGUGCCAGCGGCCCUAGUCCUGUGACCGUACAGCAGCGAGCAGUGAGCCAGCGCCACGCUCUUCCGAUGAGCAUCGUCGACCGGCAGCAGUCGUGGGAUCCCCAGCAGGAGUCCAUUGCCCCCAUCAAGCUGCACCCGCUUCCCUUCGAUGCAGAGCUGGCGUGCGCAGAUACACUGCGGCGGUAUUUGAGUGACUACAGCUGGAAACCAGGUAGUUUGCCUCUGAGACGUGCUCCCUCCGCAAGCAUAGCAACCCUAAAUCGGUCUCUGAGCACACACUCAGCAUCCAGCCCCAGGGCUGUGAUGUCGAAUCGACAGCUCACUUCAAAGUCAGCAGCUCCUCACCUGGAAGAUCUAAAGCCAGUGGCACCACCGGAUGUAACGAGUCUGGCCGAUGAUGGAUUAGCCACCAGGCUGCCAACAGAAGCUAAAUCCAAGCCAGUUGCAGCCGCAGAAGCAGGCAAUCCCCUGGGAUCAAUGAUGUCUUUCACACAACCUGUCUCCGUGGGUUCUGAGAUGACUGAUGAUCUUGGUGUGGGAUCGGCAGAGUGUGCCACAGCUGCAUAUCAUUUACACAUUGGGGAGCCAAGUUCUCUGCCUCAGGGCCAGGAUAGACAGGAGAUGUGCAUGGGAACCGAUGUGCCAUCAAGGAAGAACAUCAAAGCUCCCCCUGAUGUCAACAAGUCUCCCACGAUGGCCCAGAGUAGCAGUGGAUCCAGGGCACCUGUGAGCGAGAGGGGAAAGCGGGCCCCACCAGUCAUGCUCAGCAUGGCGACAGCCUCGCUGGUCAGCCUGGACACCGUGUUGGAGCAGAACGAAAGUGUGAACAAUGUGGAGGAUAGGCUGUACAAGGUUGCACCUCCAUUUGAACCCCAUCCAUCAGCUCCUCAAAUGAUCAGCGCCAUAGUGAAUCGCAAGAGAAACAAACUACAGACAUACCCGAAGUUCCCAGCCAGAAGCAACACACUCAUACUACCCAAAGUGGUGAGCGGGACAACAGUGGCAAUGCACCAGCCCAGCAGGGGACCUUCAGGUACAAGGCAGCCAUUGGACCCCCCUGCCACAGAAGGCACAGAUAGGCACAGGCAAGCACCGGGCAGAAAGCCGCCAGAACUGCAGGAAAGGGACUCGGAGUGUGAGAGGCCGCGAAAGAUGGAACGCAAUCUGCUGGUGGAAUCCCUCAAAGACCCGUUGUCUACCGCAGGCAUGUGGCAGGAUGGCGAGCAGCAAACACAACCCGCUAAUCCUACAGACACCAGCGCUGACACAUAACCACUGGAUCCAUCUUUCAAUUCCGCUGCCAUCUCAUCAAACACGCUGCUCCACCUGAACCCCAACCAACCCCACACAUCUCCAGCAACACCCUCAUCAGCCUCAACCAUUUCUACCACUAUAUUUUUGGAAGGAAUCCAUUCUAUACAGUCAAUGUGAAAAUGAUUAUAUUUUUAUAUUUGAUCUGUUCUCAUGUGUGUGUGUGUGUGUGUGUGAGAUACUUGUGCAGUGAUGGCCUGCAUAUUACACUGUAAAUGAAAACCUAAUUCUGUAAACCUCUUAUUAUUCUUUUAUUGUGUGUGUUCAUUGCUGUUAGUGGUCCAGCAAAGAUUACACAUCCACCAUGAAACUCAAAAAGCCACUGAUAU